AUAAAAAUGGUGGACAGACACUCAGUAAUGUCUCUAUGAAGUUUUUUUUAUUAGCAUGGUAAUGCAGAGAAAUUAAGUUUUAUUGGUAGGAUUAAUAUAGAAUAAGUAAAAAUAAUAAUAAAUUGAAGAUCUAAUUUGAUAACAAAGUCAACAAAAGGUUAAACCAAACAGCUUCAAGAGUCUUCAUUUGAAUAUAUCAAUGAAAACAAAAGGACGUAAUUGAAAACAAAACAUGCUAUUCUCAGAUGUUGCAUCGUGUUGUGUCCAAUAAGCUUUGUCCGUCUCACCCCCCCCCCCUCUCGUUAAUAUAAACGCCGAACACAUCCCUUAUCUCAAGACUUUUUCAGUCUAAACCACUUGUCACAAUCACAAUCUCGAUAUCAAUCAUAACAGAGGAGACGUGGUUCACAUAUUAAUAGAGUCUAAUAUUUUAUUAUAGACAAUCAAAAUUAAAAAAAUAAAGUAUUAUAUUAAUCUCAAUACUUCAAUAACUAGCAUCUCUGGAUAAUCUUCUUUACUUCUUAAGCUUCAUAAUAUACUUAUAUAAACUUCGUGAAUUCACACAACUAUUUUUAUUCCACUUCCAUCUUGUCUCGUUCUUUCUCCUUCUUUGAUUGGCCAGUUUUUCUCAAGUCCCAAUACUCUGUAUGUUCUAUAAGUAAUAACUCCAAAACGACCGAUCUCCCAUAUUUCAUAUAUUCAUCUAAUCAUAUCUGUGACAUCACUCUCUGCCCCCUUUCUCUCUUCCCCUCUAUCUCUCUCUCUCUAUCUAUCUUUCUCUCACACGCUCUCUCUCUCUCUGUCCUUCAUACUCAUUUUUUUCUUGAUGAUUUGCUCAACUUCUUUGCUACAAGUUGCCUAAUCGUUUAUCUGCCUGACAUGGUACUUGUGUAGGACUGUUUUUAGUAACCACCAGCUGCCUCCUCAUUGUUUCUAGAUUUUAUUUACUAGAUCAUUGGUUCUCAACCUUCCUAAUGCCGCGACCCUUUAAUAAAGUUCUUCAAGUUUUUCUGAUCCCCCAAACACAAAAUUAUUUUCUUUGCUACUUCAUAACUGCAGGGUAUAUUUGUUUUCAGACGGUCUUACGCGACCCCUCUGAAAGGGCCAUUCGACGCCCAAAGGGGUCGCGACCCACAGGUUGAGAGCCACUGUACUAGAUGGUUCUGAUUGUAUUCAGCUUGCAGAUUGUAGCGGUAGAUUGGUUUUUGACCAGUGGCAUAUAUUUUAAAAAGCACCAAAUAAAAAAAAUAUCUUCUAAACGCUGACAAGCCUUAAUAUUUAUCUCCUGACUUCGGUCUCAUAGACGCUAGAAAUGUGUGUGUUUCUGUGGCUAUUGUGUAGUGACCGUAACCCAUAGACGACAUUAUCGGCUACAGGUAUAUCUAUGUUUUCAUAUAAAGUCAGCCGUUAUUUGGCAUUCUGUAUGCUCGUUGUUCUAUCACUGAAUAAACAUCUGUCCUUACAGGCAAGGGCAGAGAAAACAUUUCACUAACAAAGUUACUUUACUCAAAUGCACAUAAUCGAUGCUUCAUAAUUAUGACCUAAGCUCGUGCGCAAACUAGUUGGAGUUAAAUGUUUGUUUUUUUAUAUUUAAUUUUCAGGACAAUCUUCCAGGGGCGUAAACAUUUUCUUUUCUUUUACCAAUAUUACUACCUUUUAAAAUCUAUAAGUUAAUUUUUUUUCAUGUUUGUUUUUUUUUUCCCCAGACCAUUCCAAAAGGUAGGGCUUGGGUGAUUAAAGCAUCCGGUGGUAAAGUCCCCAGUCAGUUCGACAACAGGGCAUCGAUACAACUGACACUUCACGUGCCAGAUGCUAGAUGCAAUGAUGCAGGUUUAUACACCUGCAACGCCGGCUUUCGUCCAACAAAUGGUGUUUACGUAGCCAGCUGCUCUCAGAAUAGGACAUUUAAAGGUGAGGUUGUUUUUUUUUUCUUCUCUUCACUGUUCUUAUUCGCAUGACAGGCCUCAUGUUCAGAUUUACAGAGCUUGAAUAAGAUGUCUUCUGAAGCCUUCGUCUCUACCAGCCAUUGUUUGAGUCUCGCUGGUCACACUAUUUCCAUAGUAAUUGAUGCACUGCAUUCAAGUUGUGUAAAUGAAAUACACGAAUAAGGUAUGCUAAACUUGAACUCAUAGACAACGUGAACUUCAAGUUAAGCAUACCUUGUUCUUAUAUUUCAUUUACUAUUUCCAGCAGUUUGUGACAAGAUGCAAGUUUCAUAGUAGAGAUUAUGAGAUUUUUAUUUUAAAAAAUGAUAACUCUGAACCACAUUCUUUUGGAUGUCAAUAUCAGUAAUCUAAAUUGUCAUAAUGCUAUAAUAAUCCCGGCACUGACAUUUUUAUGACAAUUGACCGUUACCAGAAAUUUGAUCGAAAGAAAUUUCGUCGACGGUAAAUUGAUCGAAAGAAAUUUCGUCGACGGUAAAUUGAUCGACAGAAAUUUGAUCGAACGGAAAUUUGAUCUAAUCUUUUCUUUUUUUUUUUUCAGUUCACACGUUAAAAUUUUCGUCAAAUUUCUUUUUGAACGCACUAUACUCUAAAAUAAAACAAAAAAAUGCAUUCAAAAAGAAAUUUGAAGCAAAAUUUUAACGUAAAAACUGAUAAACAGUUGAAAUCGAUCAAGACCAUCGUGUUUUCAACACUUUUUUUUUAAGAUUGAUGAAAUUUUUUUUUUUCCUUGUUUUUCUUCUUCUCUACCACUUUUUUCUUCAUUUAUUAUUUUUGAUAUUUAAAAACGAUAUCAUUGAAAACAGUUUAAAGAAUCGUUGUUGUUUUUUUUUGUUUGUUUGAAAAUCUGUGCUAGUGAGAGCGCUAUGGUACAGAACAUUUUAUAUGUAUAUAUACCCCAAAAGAAGAGUUGCCAUUCUGUCACUUACUAAAUACACUACCUUGAAUGAUCUCGAUACCUUCGAUGCAUUGGAUCAUCCAUCCCCUGGCGUCGAAUCAGCAGUGUGGACGCAGAGUAUUGUUAGCAUGUAUUAAUAUUUUAUUUAAAAGUAAGAGUAAAGUAAUUUAUUUGGUAGAAUAACCAUGCAAUUGAAACGCAAUGGCACAACACCAAAAAAAUAAAUUUUUCUUUCUUAUAAAUCCUUUAAUAUUAUUUUAUUUAUAUUUUCUAAUCUCUCACUCGCUUUUAAAACGCAGCUUCAUUAGACCAAGUUUUUUUUCCCCAGAAAAACCAAAGAAAAUAUUACGCACCAAACGCACUUAAGAUUUGUUUAAAAAAAAAAAAAUCUCAUUUCGCAAAGUUAUCGGGAAUUUAUUUCGUGAAAACAGUGGCGUCAUCUCUCCUUCAUUCCCCCACUGAAAAAUAGGAAAAACUGGUGAGGAAAAAAAAAAGGGUGGAGGAUGGGGGAGUUUGUGUUAGUGGCGUCUGCUCGAUACGUUGACGGUAGGUUGGUCGAUUAGCCGUCCGACGAUUUUGACCCAUGUACACACACAGCCAGAAAGGAACACAGGAAAAAAAAAGCGAAGUGACUAUGAAGGAUUUUAAAAGGGAACAGGAAAGGAAUGAAAAGAUAAGCUAUAUUCCAGUAGGCUACUUUAUUUUUUAAAAUAAUAUGCUGCACUGUUUUUGUAUUUGUGAAAAAUUGAUCCAUUGCUAACUGCAGUCGAAAUACUUAUAAUACUACAUACAUAUAUGAAACAAUUUUUUAACAUAAAUAAAGUGUACUUUACUUUCAUUUUUAAUAUUUUUUUUUAUUAUUUCACCUCGCAUUUGAAUUUUUCAUUAAAAAUUUAGCAAUAAUUUUUUUUUAAAUUGUAAAAGUUAUUUCUUUGUGAAAUGGCGAUUUACCGAGAUAGGUGUCUGUCCAAACCCAUGCCUCUCCUUGUAGGCUUUUUGACUCUCGGUCUUUUGUCUAGAGGGCUUUUGUCUCUCCCCUUUGGUUUAAGUCGGAGAUUUAUUAUCCAAAGUUAUGCACUAACAAUACAUUUCCACUGAUAUCUGAAGUCCUACCCACUUUUCUCAUUAUGGGGGCUUUCGUCAUCCUUAAAAACAAUACUCUGGUGAGACUUUCUUAUGUGUUCAUGAAGCAGUAGAAGAGAUAACUAUGUGAGGAUAAUUGUAAACGUUUUCCAAUAUAAUCAUAUAUAGUACAGAUAAUGGACUGAUAAUGAGCGGCUAAUGGAUGGACAAUGAGCGGAUAAUGGAUGGACAAUGAGCGGAUAAUGGAUGGACAAUGGGCGGAUAAUGGAUGGACAAUGAGCGGAUAAUGGAUGGACAAUGAGCGGAUAAUGGAUGGACAAUGAGCGGAUAAUGGAUGGACAAUGAGCGGAUAAUGGAUGGACAAUGAGCGGAUAAUGGAUAGACAAUGAGCGGAUAAUGGACGGACAAUGAGCGGAUAAUGGACGGACAAUGAGCGGAUAGUGGUCGGGUAAUUUACGGAUAAUGUAAGAACAAUAAACCAUGCGAAAAAAAUUUAAAUGGGGUUGAAAUAAAAUUAGUGCCUACAGUAAAUAAUUGUCUUAUCAAAUACUUUUAAACUAAUACAUCAUCCUUUAUAUUCUAGGCCCUUGCAACAGAGGCAUGUGUUUGGGCUCUGUGGACUGCACACAAUUUGUUAGGAACAUGUUUCUGGUGCUGCCAGUAAUGUUGCUAUGGCCAAGACUUCUCUAGAGUCACCUGGAGAAUAAACAUAACCCAGGCUGCUCCCUCGAAAGAUGUAGAUCAUUGUAACAGGACAGCAGAAAAUAUAUCUUGUUUAUUACUUGACCCACAUAUUUUAUAUAUUAC